AUGAGCUGCAGAGGGGUGUGCUGGGGGCAAAGCCCUAGGGAAGCACCUUCCUCUCAGAGCCCUUUGUAGACAGCUGUAACCUCACCUCCCCUGGCUCUUGAUGCCUGGUGUAGGCUUCCCAGGCAGUGCUCUGCGUUUCAGCCCUGUUUUCACCCAGCUGUGCCCACGCUGGGGUGUCUGCAUGGUGGCACAGCCCCUAUCCCAGAUCACUGCAGGGCUGAGACAUCAGAAGCACUUAGCACAGGAGUGGACUUAGGGGGUGCUGAGCUCGUGGAGUUUGGGGCUGAGGUCGCAAGGUGCCAUCCCCGUACGUGAACAGGAGCAGGCAGAUGGUGCUGGGGGCUGCGGAGUCGAGGCUGGCAAGGGCGAGGCUUGUGCGCUGGGGAUGCUGCGGGCCCGCUGGCUUGCGGGAGGGGAAAUAGGGCCGGGCCCUUUAAGAGGAUUUUUCGCUGCCUGGCACUGCUGCCUGCCUGGGCAGCCCAUCCUGCCGCCCCGACCGGCAGCAGCGGCGGUGGCCACAAAGCUGGCGGAGAGGGGCACCGCGGAGCAGCCGGACCGAGGGGGCUGCCAGCCAGCGCUGGGCUGGGGUCGGAAAGCUCCCCUGCCGCCCUGCCCACCCGCCGCCCUGCCAGCCCAGCCAGCCGCCUAGCCCAGCCCUGCGGAGGGAUGGGGAGGAGACCCCGACUGGGGACCACCCGCGGGGACAGCGCCCAGCCCGGGGCCCGGCAGUGAGGACCGGGCCGGCUGCAACCGAGCCGCUCCCUGCCCGGCAGCGUCCCGCAGCCCCCGCCGCGGGCAUCGCCCCUUUGUCUGCGGGAGGAGGAGGAGGCAGAGACGGAGGGAGCUGCCUGCUGGAAGAGAAGCCGCCGAGCCCGCAGCUUCCCAGAGCGGCAGGAUGGCAGAGAAGGGCAUGGACCCUGCCUGCGUCUCCAUCGCCCUGGAGGACACGGUGUGCCACGCCAGCCCCCCGGAUGCCCCACUCCUCACCACCCACUUGAAGAAGGUGGAGAACCACAUCACAGAGGCCCAGAGGUUUUCCCACCUCCCGAAGCGCUCAGCUGUCAACAUCGAAUUCAUUGACCUGUCCUACUCCGUGCGGGAAGGCUCCUGGUGGAGGAAGAGAGGGUACAAGACUCUGCUCAAAUGCCUGUCAGGGAAGUUCUGCCAGCGAGAGCUCAUCGGCAUCAUGGGGCCCUCAGGUGCUGGCAAGUCCACGCUCAUGAACAUCCUGGCUGGCUACAGGGAGACUGGCAUGAAGGGGCAGAUCCUGGUGAACGGGCGGCCGCGGGACCUGCGCACCUUCCGCAAGAUGUCCUGCUACAUCAUGCAGGAUGACAUGCUGCUGCCACACCUCACUGUGCUGGAGGCCAUGAUGGUCUCUGCUAACCUGAAGCUGAGUGAGAAGCAGGAGGUGAAGAAGGAGCUGGUGAACGAGAUCCUGACGGCCCUGGGGCUGCUGGAGUGCUCCUACACCCGGACCAGCUCGCUGUCGGGGGGGCAGCGCAAGCGCCUGGCCAUCGCUCUGGAGCUGGUGAACAACCCUCCAGUCAUGUUCUUUGAUGAGCCCACAAGCGGUCUGGACAGCGCCUCCUGCUUCCAGGUGGUGUCGCUGAUGCGCUCCCUGGCCCAGGGCGGCCGCACCAUCAUCUGCACCAUCCACCAGCCCAGCGCCAAGCUCUUCGAGAUGUUCGACAAGCUGUACAUCCUGAGCCAGGGCCAGUGCAUCUUCAAAGGCAUCGUGACCAACCUCAUCCCCUACCUGAAGGGUCUUGGCCUCCACUGCCCCACUUAUCACAACCCAGCUGACUUCAUUAUCGAGGUGGCCUCAGGAGAGUAUGGGGACCUCAACCCCGUCCUGUUCCGCGCUGUCCAGAAUGGCAUGUGCACCAUGGCUGAGAAGAAGAGCAGCCCUGACAAGUCAGACCCCUCAUGCCCAGCACACUGUGUGACGGACGUGGACCACAUCGAGAGCCACACGUUUGCCACCAGCACUUCAACCCAGUUUUGCAUCCUCUUCAAGAGAACCUUUAUCUGCAUCCUAAGGGACACGGUGCUGACCCACCUGCGGUUCAUGUCACACAUCUGCAUCGGGGUGCUGAUCGGGCUGCUCUACCUGCACAUCGGCAACGACGCGGGCAAGGUCUUCAACAACACAGGCUUCCUCUUCUUCUCCAUGCUCUUCCUCAUGUUUGCUGCGCUGAUGCCCACCAUCCUCACCUUCCCUCAAGAGAUGACAGUGUUCCUGCGAGAGCACCUGAACUACUGGUACAGCCUGAAAGCCUACUACCUGGCAAAGACCAUGGCAGAUGUGCCCUUCCAGGUGAUCUGCCCCAUUGCCUACUGCAGCAUCGUGUACUGGAUGACAGGCCAGCCACCCGAGGCCACCCGCUUCCUCCUCUUCUCUGCCCUGGCCACCGCCACGGCCCUGGUGGCUCAGUCCCUUGGGCUUCUCAUCGGAGCUGCUUCCACUUCCCUGCAGGUGGCCACCUUUGUGGGACCUGUCACUGCCAUCCCUGUCCUGCUCUUCUCGGGCUUCUUCGUCAGCUUCAAGACCAUCCCCACCUACCUGCAGUGGAGCUCUUAUGUCUCCUAUGUCAGGUAUGGCUUCGAGGGUGUCAUUCUCACCAUCUAUGCCAUGGAGCGUGAGGACCUGGAGUGCCUCGAGGACUUCUGCCCCUUUCAGAAACCCAUCAAGAUCCUGCAGGAGCUGGAUGUGGAGGAGGCCAAGCUCUACCUGGACUUCCUAAUCCUGGGCAUCUUCUUUGUCAUCCUGCGACUCCUGGCUUACCUGGUCCUCAGGUACAAAGUCAAAUCAGAGAGAUAAAGGGGCCCUGGGGCCCUGGCCUGCUGCGAGAGAUGUUCUGCAGGUGGACACAGUGCUCCUGGCAGGCCAUGGACCAUAGUGGGAGGUGUCUGUAGGCAGCAGCCAGACCUGACUCAGUCGAGAAGGGUUUCAAGACGUCUCGGAACUGUUUUAACCUUUCCACACACUCUUCUUCAUUGCAGAAGUUUUGUACAGCCCUGGCAUGUGCCACCCUCUCCCCCAGGACUGACAAACCUCAUGGAGCUAUGGUCCCCUUUUGGCGCCCCUGCCCAGUGCUGCCCUUCUCUGCCAGACACAUUGGGGCACUGAGGAUGGUGCCGUGGAGGUGGCUGUCUGCUGAGCAAGGCUGUGUGGGGCAGGAGGAGCAGCACCCUGAGCCUGGGGAGGAAGCCAGGAGGAGACACUGACAGAAGAUGGGUGCAGCUCGCAGCCCCUUGCUCACCCUGCCCAGCAGCAUGAGUUUCAGUGCUAAGAGGAGCCCAGGCCAAAAUGCACAAGGCUUUGGUGUUUCCUGCUGCAGCAGGCACAGGAAUUGCUGCAUCCUCUUUUUCUGUUGGGUUUUUUUUUUGUUUUGUUGGGGUUUGGGGUUCUUUUGCCCCUCCCUCCCCCCCAAACUUUUUUUUUUCCCCCCUAACCCCACUGCUUCAGAGUCUGCAUGGAGGACAAAGAGAGCCAGCAGGAAGAGAAGGACUUGGGAGAGUCUGUCUCAGACUUCUGCUUGGAUGCCACCCUCAGAGAGGGGAUUGUCAAACCUGAGGACGUGGCAGUGUGUGUGGGAAUGGGGCAGGAUGCUCAGACCUUAGGGAGCCUUGCAUUCAGUCCCUGUUGUCUUUGGGCUCUAAGCCAAGAGGAUAAAAGUCAAGCUACGUGGAGUGAAGUGACUGUUCCCUUCGAGUGCUGCAGGAUUUAGAUCCCCUUAUGCUGCCAGGCUGCUGCAAAGCAGAGCUGGGCUCAGCAAUUCCACGGCUGGAGCCUCCACUGCAUGAGAAGAGCUGGUCCUGAGCCCUCUCUCCCUUGUGACAUCUUGCUCCUCACUCUUCUGUGGCUGUCUCAGCAGACCAGGCAGGACAAGUCUCACUCAGCAGCUGUGCAAGGAGGGGAUGCCAGCCUCAGGGAUGCCCAGCCUUGUUGCACAGGGUAACACUGGGCAGAAGGAGGUCCCAGCAGUGCCAGAACUGGAAAGCAGGUGAGCUCUUGGAGUGGUUCAUCUGCACCGGGUGGCCCUGACUCUGGGAAAGGCUUUGCACAUUGUGACUGCUGCCAAGGAAAGGUCCCUCUUGGCAAAUCGUUCUGGUGGCUCCUCCAAAGUCACCUGCCUCUCCACAGCCCUUCCAGAGGAAAGGCUUUGCAGGACCUUGUUGGCUUUCCAAAGGAGCAGAGCUGAGACUAGAGCUGGUGGGACAUCAACAGGCAUUGCUGUGCAGGGAAGAGAGCAGUGCUCCAUGGCACAGGCCUGGCUCUGUGGAGGUGCUGGCACUGGUGUCCCAGGGCUGCACUGCUCACCUCUGCUCAUGGGAACCUACUGCUUUUCAGUGAGCACAGACAUGGGCAAGGCAGCUCUGCUCCAUCCUGGCAUGCUGGGCCUUGGCUCAAGUGCAGUCUCUGAGCAGCAGGGGACUGUAGGCAAAUGCCAGGUUUUGGAGAAUCCUUCAGGCUGUUCUUUGCUUCCACUGGCUCAUGUUGGGACUACUUCAUGCAGCAGGGUCUGGCUGCUCUGCAGGAGGACGACAGACGUGGCAGCACUGAUGCUGGGCACCAGGCAAGGUCUGUUUUCCCCUGCUGGACAGCAUCUCUGUGAGGAGCUUGCAGUGUGGGACUCUCCUCUGCAGAAGGCGUGGAAGCAGAACGCUCCAUGAGGCCCUUUCAUGCUGGGUUUUCCCCAGGGCUUUUGUCUGGUUUACUGCAGUCCCUCGUGAAAUUCCCCUCUGCUCCUGGAUCUUCCCUCACUGCCAGCCCUGUGCAAUGCUCUGCAAUGGAACUGUGCCAGCUUCGGGGGCUGCAGCUUCCUGGGCAUGGUGUUGCCAGCUGCAGCCACAGGGGGACCGUUCGAGCAGGGAAUGGUCUCCAUGUGUACUCUGUCACAAGGUGAAGGUUAGGGGGAGGGUGGAGCUGUGGCCUGUCACCCUUCUCCAUCUCAUUGUCCAUGGGGCUGCUGGGGCCAGUGCCCCUCUUCUGUCCUGCUCUUGGGCUGUGCCUAGUGAAGCUUUGCCCAACGCAGUGUGCACACUGCUGGCCUGAGGGUAUUCCCCUGGCUGGAUGCCAAGGUGGCAGGAGGUACCAGUGGUGCAGAUUUGCACAGCUUCUGCCUCCUGCCCAGUCUCUGGCAGCAGGGGCUCUCGUGGUCUGUCCUGCUUCCUGCACACUGUCCUGCUGCUGUCUGCACCCAGCAAACUGUGCCUGCUGGGACACCCCUGUGCCAUCACAACCAGCACCUCUACCACUCCCAGAAGGGGCAGGACAAGACAGACUGGCAAUGAUCCCUGCGUGGAGCAGAGGAGGCUACCAGCAGGCACCUGUAACUGCCACUGCCCAUGUGCCCCCUGCACAGGGAUGCUUCAACAGCAGCCCUUGCUGGCCUGCCUCUGCUGCUUGCAGAGAAGCUCCAUGGGACAGGCUGCCCAAGCUUAGCGUGGCCAGAGGGAGACUGCCUGGGCAGGUAGCUCCACAGCUGGCUGCUUGGCCCAGCCUGUCUGGGAUGGGGCAGUUGGCAGCACCUUCAGUAUCUCCAGCACAGUUCAGCACAGCCCAGGCCUCCUGUGCAGGUUGCAGAGUCCCAGCUGACCAGGUCUGGGGGCACUGUGGGGCAGAGGACAAGGGCAAGCCCUGUAGAUGAAGGAUUGCUGUGUUCUUGAGCUGUGCAAGGACACUGUGGAGUGGGGACAGUGAAUGCUCCUGGUGCAGGAAUCCCACCAGGGAACGCGUCUGGAUAAUCAUGAGGAGUGUGAUGGAGCAGAGCAGGUUUCUUCCUCCACUCCUCCUCUCUCCUCCUGCUCCCUGCCUUCCCCUGUAGUGCACUUUGAACGGGCGUGGAUGUGGUUCAGGCUGUGGCUCCAGCUUCCUGGAAGCAACCUCGGAACCUCAAUCCACCUGAAACUGUUUUAGCCCCUUAGCCUGGCUCCUUCAGCCCACACAGUCACAUCAGGUACUGCCUCUGCCUCACAGCUGCUGUAAAUGCAGGCAGGGCUAUGGCCUCUCACCUUCACGCACAGCCAGGCCACCUCUAUCACAUGCACAAGGAGAGCAAAUGCAUCACCACCCAGCUGGUGCUAGGCUUUGUUGGAAAGCAGGCUGGGCUAGAGCAGGGAGGGCAUCAGGCUCCCCCCAGGGUCUCACCCCUCUCUCAAAUCAGGCAAUAAAUCAGUGUUUCCUCCUCGUGGGGUAUGGGCACCAUUUGUCCUUUCCCCCUGCCAUGGGGAGCUCCUGGUGUGGCAGCUCCUGCAGCUGCCUGGGCUCUUUCUCUGUGUCCCUACCAUGCUGGACCUUGUGGCUGUCCAGCCCUUGCCAUGUCUGUGUGCCCAGAGCAGGUCGUACAGUGAGGUGCUUAUGUGACAGAGGGCAGAGAGGUGCAGCUGUGGAGACCCCAAGCUUCCAGAUGGCCAAAGGUGAGCUGCUUUUUCUCCUGGGACUGUUUGCCAACAGCAGAUGCAGAUGACAGCUCAAAGGCUGAGGCAGUCUGCUCGCUGCUGUGGUAGCCUCGUGGGGGUGGCAUUUUGUCUGGGUCUUUCUGCCUUACUGGAGAAGGCUGCAAAGCAAGGCCAGGGCACCACUGCCCACAGCUGCAGCCUGGCAGGAACCAGGCAGGGUGGAGGUGAGCCCCUGCAUUUUGUGGGGAGCACAGGGCUGCUGGCAGGGCCCUGCUGGCUCUCCAGGCUGUGCUACACAUACAGGUAAGUGCCCCAGAGGGACAGGAUCCCCAAAUCCCAGCUUGCUGAUAGUGCUCACUAAGUGUCUGGAGGGCCCCAGGAGCUGUGGAGCAGGUGGAGAUGUUGUGGUUGAGAUGCCAGCUGUACUUGUUGGGUUUCACACAUCAAUAAACUUAUAUUUAUAGUGUA